AGACAACCUCAAGUCACGUUGGCUUUGAAUGGCGGGACAACGCCACCAACAUGUCUGAAAUCAAAAUGUUAAUUUGGCCUAAAGUUAUUUUAUUCGGCGAUUCCAUUACACAGAUGUCCUUUCAAGUCAAUGGAUGGGGUUCAGGCAUCGCCGACAAAUUAGCAAGGAAGUGUGACGUAGUGAACAGAGGGCUGUCCGGCUACAAUUCCAGAUGGGCCAGAGUAGUUCUUCCAAGGAUCUUGAACAGUGAGGGCUCAGCAGACACCAUUGCAGCUGUUACUGUCUUCUUUGGCGCCAAUGAUUCUGCCCUGGAAGAGAAAAACCCUCAGCAGCAUGUUCCUCUGCAUGAAUACUCUGAGAACCUAAAGGAAAUAAGCAGGUUCCUUGCCACAGUGGGGGUGCCUGCAGGAAAAGUAAUCUUUAUCACCCCUCCUCCUGUUCAUGAGACAGCAUGGGAGAAAGAGUGUACUCUUAAAGGUUGUCCUCUCAAUCGUCUCAACUCGACGGCCGGACAGUACGCUCAGGCUUGUGUCCAGGCAGCUGCUCAGUGUGGUGUUGAUGUCCUGGACUUGUGGACACUCAUGCAAAAGGAUGGAGAGGACUUCACAGUUUACCUGUCAGAUGGGCUCCAUCUCUCUGAGAAAGGAAACCAGUUCGUGAUGCGGCACCUUUGGCAGCUGCUGGAGAGCAGAGUGGCUCAUCUUCCUUUUAUCCUUCCCUACUGGGCGGACGUGGACGCAGGGAGCCCGGAGAGCAGCCUGCUGCAUUGAGAAAAUGGAGAACAUUUAUUAGUACUCAUGUGGAGAGCAUUAUCCUGACCUGCCUUCAUGCUGCAGCAAUGUUACAAUUGAAGGUGAACAAUACAAUCAUUUAUUAAGA